AUGGCGCACAUGUUAGAAGCACGUAUGAUGUCGCGCAACCCAUCAGCUUCAAGUCUUACAGCAGCAGCACGAAGUGCCAGUCGUCGUAAGUCGUCCAUGAGUGGGCCGUCUUCGAAUGGAAGCACCGUGUCCAGUACGCCACGUAGUCGACGGCCGUCUCUGUCACGCGAUAUGUCCAAUAACAGCGUUUCCAAUGCCAUUGCAAGCUUUGACAUGGCAACACCAAAAAAUGGCAGCAGACGAGGCAAGUCACAACCCAAGGGUGACACUUUGUCUACCCCCAACCUCAUUGACCUCAAGACCAUUACGGCCGAAGAGAUUGAAUGGGAAGGAUAUUUGUAUAAACAACGUAAGAUUGUCAAGAGCUGGACACCACGUUACAUUACGUUACAAAAUGGUACUGUCUCAGUUUACAAGUCCAAGAAUCAUGCAUUAGCCAAAGUCCAAUAUCGUGGUCGAUGGGUGAUUAAACAAAUUGUAAGCUCUUUACCAACUGCAGGUUUUGGAGGCUCGAAAUUGAAACCAGAAGAAUUGGGAUUUCGAUUUCUAGCGACGAAUGGAAAUUUGAUCGAUUUUAUUGCUGCGUCGGCGGUAGAGAAAGCCAUGUGGAUGCAUGUAAUGCAAUUAAGUUUACAAAAUACGACGGUGAAAGAACCAUCGCCAGUGCAUCAAGAACGACUACGUGGGGAUAUGUCUCCUUCGCCUACAACUCGUUCAGCAGACGAUGUCGUGUCGCGGGAAUCAUCGAUUACGAUGCAUCUUGCUGAAAAGUUUUUAGCUGAUUUGGUGCAUCUGAUGACGGGAACAUCGGCUGAGAAUGUUAUUGAUCUCUUGCCGUUAUUCUUGCGGCAAUUGAGUAAAGAUGUCGAGCUAUUGUUUGAUCUUGAGACGUGUGAAACGACGCAGCCAUCGUGUGUCUUCAAAGGCAUUUACCAUGGACGUGAAGGAUUUGUCCACUUUGCUUCGUUGUAUGUGAGUAAAUACUCACUCGCAACGAAUGUGGACGAGAAAGCUGCUCACAGAGCGGACGAUGAUGAUCACCAUGCAUUUGCGUACUCAGGUUAUCGUCUUAUCAAUACGGUAUCUGGAUCAACGACUGAAGGGAAAUUUGGACUACAGAUCACAUUUACGCCGGCGCGACGGAUCUCUCGCGUGGUUCUUUCGUUCCGUCAACGUAGUUCGUCUCGGCCAAGAGCUCGUCGAGUUACAACGAACCCGAUGGCAAUUGCAGAACAUCCAGCGUGCUUUCAUCAGUACUGUCUCACGAAACGCUCGCUGGCUUUAUCGUUUUCGGACUUUAAUGUGGUUGGCGUAUUGGGACAAGGUGGCUUUGGUACUGUUGUGCUUGUGCAGCGUCACCUUAAUCCGGAUGAAUACUUUGCCAUCAAGAUUAUUGACAAACAGUCUGGAGCUGAAAGUGCGCUAAAGGAACGACGCAUAUUGUCGGGUGUCCGUCAUCCGUUCUUGACGUGUUUGCGCUUUGCUUUCCAGACGCAAACAAAAUUGUAUCUUGGCAUGGAUUACUACAAGGGAGGAAAUCUGUAUUUGCAUAUGCAUUCCUCCAAAAUGGACCCGAACUUGUCGACAAGUAGUGGUCGACGCUUCCCGGUGGAGCGCGCUCGCUUCUACGCUGCUCAACUUGCGAUUGCGCUUUCGUACUUGCACGCGCAUGGCAUUAUCUACCGUGAUCUGAAACCGGACAAUAUCAUGCUCGACAAGACGGGUAACAUUCGUCUCGUGGAUUUCGGUAUCUCAAAGCAGCUACGCCUCGAAGGAGAACCAGGGAGUCACAGCUACUCUCAGGCAGGAACGCUGGCUGGAUCGCCUGCGUACAUAGCUCCUGAACAGUUGCUUUCUCAGAAGCCGCAAUAUGGUAUGGAAGCAGAUUGGUGGAGCUAUGGUGUGCUAUUGUACGAAAUGCUGACAGGCAGCACUCCGUUUUUCGACGCAAACAUUUCGCAAAUGUACAAGAAAAUUCAGACUGCUGAUGUCAAGUACGAAAGAUAUCCACCGAUCGAUGACGAUGCUAUUGAUUUGCUACAGAAGCUGUUGGUUCGUAAUCCUGCGGAUCGCGUUGAUAUACAUGGUGUGCGUUCACACCCGUUCUUUGCAUCGAUCAAUUGGGAACAGUUGGAGUUGAAGGAAGUCGAACCGCCUUUUAUCCCGCCGACUGAAGAGUUGAUGCAGAAUGUGCAUGAACACUUUCGCAAUAUGAAUGUAAACGAAACGAUUGGCGACGCCCCUAAGGCUAUAAACGGAAAGAAGGCGUCUACCGUCGCGAACGCCAACGAUGAGUCGCACUUUGAUGAGUUUAGCUUUGCGUACGACAAGACCCGCGAUACGUUCGACGAUCUGUCCAUGGCAGACGAAGGAUGGUUAAUGCGACAGCUACAAGAAGGCGCAGCAAUGCGCGGGCGAUUGAAUGCCAGUGAUACCGACCCCGUUCCGGAUGACAUGGGCAGCGAAUACGAAAUCGCACAUCCGAUAAUGAACGGUCAGGACAGCAGUGAAAGCGACGAGGCGGAGAUUGAAGCUACUAGCAUUUGA